UCCCCACUCGUUCUCUCCCAUGGCAGCCUUGGGAAUCCCGCAGGGGGCGCUUCCACUUUUCCGUGCACCCCAGCGUUUCGCCGAAGUCUAUGCGUCGUCGAGAUCUAGAGUAACGUGCGCGCUUCGGCCCGAGAAGUGGGAUGCAGCCAAGUACGGGCAGCUCUCGGAGCGUGCUAUGCGGGAGCGGCUCCAGGCGGAGGGUUACAGAGUUACCCGCUAUGCCUUCCCGCCUGGCACGGAGUUCCCGGAGCACACGCACGGCGUGCACAAGAAAGACAGCAUCCUCUCGGGGCGCUUCUUAUUCCGCAUGGACGGCACAGACGUGAUUCUAGAGGCAGGGGACUGUAUCGAGGUUCCCGCUGGCAAGCCUCAUUAUGCUCGUGUCGUGGGGGACGAUGCUGUGGAUUUCAUUGACGCGAGCCGUAUCUAGCUCCUGAGUGCUGCAUACGACACCAUAAUUUUGAAGGACAACAGGGAGAAUACAGGGGGGAAGUAUUGCGUUGAAGGGCUUUGAAGGGCUGAAGACGAGGGGAACGCUGAGCGGAAUUGGUGCAGCUUUGCAUUGGACGAGCAGGCCAGACGGGGUUAUUGUGCUAUGGGCGUGCUUGUUAUUAUUGCCGUUCUGGAUGUUAGUUCGUAUUGUGCUCUUCGUUGGUGCUUGCUACCGUGAUUUGGAAAGAAUAUA